GAUGGAACAACAAACCAACUUCGAGAAGUAAAGAUGAAUCUGGCCCAAACGUUUGAUCGAAUGAGACGUUUAUGAAAUUUUUGGUUCUGUUAUUGGACAUCGUUGGUAUAUUGUGACCAGAAAUUGAAGGAUUAUUGUGUUUUUAAAGUGUUUCAAGACUACAGAACAUACAAAAUUGUACAAAACAUUUGUUAUCACAGAUCGAUUGUCAGUCACGAGACCACUGGUGAAACGGAAGAAGCUUGCUUUGAAUAUAGUAGAUGAAAGUAUUCUGCACCUCAUGUGCAAAAGAUUUUCUAUAGAUCAAGUGAUUUUACGUGGACAUGGAUAGCGAUCAGUUGAGUCGCUCUGAUGUAGAAGAAGAUGAGUUGACUGACAUUGACAGGGGGGCAAAGCGACAACUGGUUACUGACACAGAGCAGUUUAGGAAAGUCCUAGAUCGACCUUUCGUUGCACCAAGAUUAAGUGCCCAUGCAACCUCUACCGAGGAAGGUACUCCUACUUCGCAUUACGACUACAACUUUGAUGAAAAGGAUUAUAAAAAUAGGAGAAAAACAUCCACAAAAUAUCAUGAACCACUGCGUCGCAUUCCCACUCAUCAUGGUGACCUAUCUUCUUAUGACAAGAAAAGCUCAAAAAAACACCACAAGAAGAAACACAAAAAAGAUCAAAACAGAGACACUAAAACACAAAAAUCUGUGAAAAAUCAUGAAGAAGAAAAAGCCAUAUCUGGGGAAAAUCCACCCCAAAGAUGUUUUGGUACUGUGGUUUUAGCUGAAGAGAUACAGAAUAAUGUAGAGAUAAACAAAGCUAGUAAAAUUGAAGAAGUAAUAGACUUUGACAAGGAUAGUAGCAAAGUUCCAACUGAAGAUGACUCGGAGAAGUUUAGUGCUUUAUCUUCAACAAAUGAGGAUAAUGUUAAGGAAGCAGGUGGAGGUCCUUUACAAUAUUCAGAGAAAGAGAAAGAAGAUGUAAAUGAAAAGACUUGCUCAAUUGUUUGUAAAGAAAUUGAUACUCCUUCAAUAUCUGAAAGUUAUGUUGAUGGACCAAGUAAAGCUAACAAAAGCAAUGACAUACAAAAACAAGAAAGCUUAAAGAGGGAAGAAAAUGGUGAUGGCAAACAAAUAAGAAAAUUUGCUGCAAAAGAUAGAGAACCAUCACUCAUUGACGUAAUGCCAAAAAUCAAAGAACAUGUUGUGUUGUCAUUUGAUGCUAUAAAAAUGCCAGAUGAUACUGAUAAAGAUGCAGCACAACUUCCAUCUAAAGAGGAACCUGAUUUUGAGUCUCACCACAGAGAAAAAGUUGUAAGUAUGCAACAUCUAGAGAAGAAAGGCCAUAAACGCCAUCACCAUCAUCAUCGACGCCAUCGUAAACAUGAGGUCAAGCAACAUAGGACCAUAAGUGAAAGAGAAGCAUUGGCUGAAAAAGUCCGCAUACGUUCUGGACUUCUAACUCUUCAAGAAACUGAACCUAGAGUUGAUGACUUUCCAAAAACAUAUCUAUCAGGAGUAGAAGAAGAAGAAGUUGGAAGUUUAGAAAAGAAGGACCUGCAGGAAAUAGCAUGGCAUCGUUUUGAAGACCUUCGGGGACUUAGAAGGCGCCRCCCCCACCUUCGCAAACCUAGGCUCAAAUCUGGUAUGUUGACCAGACAAAGUAGUACGGACACUCUAACUGUGAGUUACAAGCAGUUUCCAGUGAAAUAUGAUCACAGCCCACAUGAGGCGUUUAUUGAAUUACAAGAAUUAACAGACAAAGGAGAUGGAAUGAUUUGGAAAGAGACAGCCAGAUGGAUCAAAUUUGAAGAAGACGUUGAAGCAUCAAAUCGAUGGGGCAAACCACACGUGGCAUCUCUGACAUUCCACAGUCUACUUGAACUAAGAAAAGGCCUUGAAAAAGGAACCGUCUUGCUAGACUUAGAGCAGUUUGAGCUGCAAAGUAUUAUCGAAACAGUGGUAGAAAGCAUGGUUAUCACAGAUCAGAUUCCCCGAUCUGAUAAAGAGAUGAUAAUAGAAGCCUUGCUUUGCAAACACAAACAUCAAUAUCAACAGCACGAUCCCGAUAUACCAAGGCGGCCCUCCUCCUACAAUCUCAUGUCAAUUGCACAGAAUGCUCCAUCAAAGGAUGAAAACGACUCUACUUUCCUACUGCAUGCAAAAGACGACGAAGAAGAGGAUGGUGUCAUUCGAUUAAAAAUCGAUGAAGAUUUUUCUGAACGUUCCGAUAAUGACGGUCAAAAAAGCAUUGUUCCAUUGUACCCUUCUAGUGAGGACGACAUUACGACCCCUAAACGUGAAGUGACAUUUGAGCCUCCCAAACCAGUUGAAAAGGGGACACGUAAGAAUGAAUCCAACGUAAAGUCGCGUAUUCCAGCCGAUGCUGAAGCAACCGCUGUUAUGGUUGGCUCGUUAAACAAACUAACAAGUCCAGUCUUGGCAUUUGUACGCAUUGCCAAAGGAUGUUACCUUGGUGAUCUUACAGAGGUUGAUAUCCCUGUACGUUUUAUUUUCAUUAUGCUCGGGCCGCCUGACAACAGCGACACUUACUAUGAAAUUGGCCGGUCUAUAUCUACACUCAUGUCAGAUCAGGUAUUCCAUGAUCUAGCAUACUAUUCUGAAUCACGUGAGGAUAUCUUGCAUGCUAUAAAUGAGUUUCUAGAUGACACAGUAGUUCUCCCUCCUGGUGAGUGGGAUCGUCAGCUACUUGUUCCUCUGUUGAUGAAGCAAAGUAAGGUCAUGGCUAAAAGAAGAAAAGAAGCCAAACAAAUAAGUGCCAUUGCUAUUGCUGCCGCAGAGGAGGAAGAAGACCCAUUGAAAAGAACCGGUCACCGAUGUGGUGGGCUUAUCAGAGAUAUUAAAAGGCGUGCUGAAUGUUAUGUAAGCGACUUUAAAGAUGGCUUUAACCUCCAUUCCUUGUGGGUGACCAUUUUUUUGUACUUCUCGGUAUUCGCUCCAAACAUUGCCUUCGGAGGUCUUCUGGCAGAGAAAACUGAGCGAUGGCUUGGGGUAUCAGAGGUCAUAUUUGGUACUUGUAUAUGCGGUAUACUUUUUGGUUUCUUCUCUGGACAGCCAAUAAUAAUCAUUGGAGCUACAGGACCUGUACUGGUUUUUGAACAAACUAUUUACCAGUUUUGCAAGCAGUAUGGCAUCGAGUUUCUUCCGUGGCGGUUUUGGAUAGGAAUAUGGGUCAUGAUAAUUUUGCUGGUUGUUGUCAUCUUUGAGGGAUGUUUUCUUGUGCGUUAUUUUUCUCGCUUUACGGAGGAGAUAUUUGGAUGCCUGAUAUCAGCAAUAUUUAUUUACGAGGCUAUCAAUUUCCUGGUUAAGGUAUUCAAGGUUAAUCCAUUGGGCCGAAUUAGUAGCAUCAGGAAUAUGACAAUAAAAGGGGAUUAUGUAGUGGUCCCGAUUAAAGGAGAGCCCAACACAGCUCUUCUGUCUGUCAUUCUACUAUUUGGAACUUUCUUUGUUGCCUUUUACAUGCAAAAAGUUAGACACAGCCAUUUUUUUGGGAAACAGAUGCGAAGAUUAAUAAGUGAUUUAAGUAUCGUCAUCGCUAUGACAACCAUGGUUAUUUUGGAUAUUGUGGUAGGAGACAAAGUACUCACUCCUAAAAUUGCGUUUGGAAACCCUUUCAAGGAGGGUUUUCUUCCAACUCUUCACGAAAAACGAGGCUGGGUUAUAAAUCCCUUUGGACUUAAGGAAAUAAUACGACCCGGGUGGGUUUUCGCAGCAUUUGUUCCUGCGAUAUUUGUGGGAAUUCUUCUUUUUAUGGAAACCGAACUGACUGGUGUUUUGUUAAACAAGAAAGAGAACUGCCUUCGAAAACUUCCAGGAUUCAAUAUGGACUUACUUUUGAUGGGUGUAUUAACAUUUAUCUGUGGUAUAUUUGGAUUACCGUGGAUGUGUGCUGCUACUGUUCGUUCAAUAUCACAUUUCUCUGCCUUGUCAGUAUGGAGUACAUCGCACGCCCCGGGCGAAAGACCAUUCCUUGUUGAAGUAAAAGAACAGAGAGUUACAAAUAUUGCUAUACAUGUCUUGACCGGGUUUUCCAUUCUUUUGGCUCCAGUACUUAAUCGUAUUCCUGUUCCGGUACUUUUUGGAGUCCUUCUUUUCUUGGGCGUAGCAUCCUUAUCUCAUAUCCAACUUGUUAACCGUAUCAUUAUGUUAUUCAUGCCUCCAAAACACCAUCCUGAUGUCAGCUACGUCAGAAAGGUGAAAACAAGGACGAUAUACUGGUUUACUGCUAUCCAGAUGGUGUGUCUAUUUCUAUUAAUGAUUGUUAAGUUAACCGACGUGGCUCCUGCGUUUCCUUUCUUCAUCAUAUGUCUCAUCCCGCUCAGGUGGUCUCUAAACAAGAUUUUUGACGAAGAAGAAUUAGCGGAGCUUGACAACGAAGAAGGUGAAAGCGAUGAUAGUGAUUUCGAUGACAUUGAAUUAUUAAUGCAUCGCUGAUACUAGAGUAAUUAACUUAAUUGAAAAAACGCUUCGCUAUAUAUUGAGUAAAGUGGGUUUUCUUUCAAACACGAAAGUCUUAUAAGACGUACCUCUUAUAGAGGUAUUAAUUUUGUAUAACGCAAGUGUUCUUGUAUUCCAUAUUAACACAAAAUUUUCUACUUCUUUUCUUCUCAUAAAGCUUCAAUGAGUAGGAAAGUUGAUAUAUCAUUUCCGCAAUGGUGGAAACACAUUUUAGAGCGAACCGAUUUGUUCUUCGUGCUGUUUACAUUUUUAUCAAACUGUGCACCACUAUCGGAUUGGUACCCUGGAUUCCAGAGGGAUUUUUUUUCUUGGAUUAACUGAGAGCCGCGAAAGCGAGCCGCGAGAGGCGGAAAAAACCUACGGCGGUUUUCAUUUCGCCUCUCCCGGCUUACAGUCAUCUUGUGACUUUGAUAAUAGGUCGGGAGAGAAGAGAGGUUAAAAAUGUGCGAAAUGCAAGUUUCAAAAAUUUUAGACUAAUUUUUUUGUUUGGAAAUAUGUGCCAAAUCAAAUACAAUAAAACUUGCUAUAACCACCGGACAGUACUACCGGACAGAGUUUCACGUAUUAACAGUCUUUUAUGAACGGCCUGUACACCAACAAAUAAAAGUAUUUUUGUAAUAAUUCAACUUAAUAGUAAAUAUAGCUCAUAGAUUCAUUCUUUACGUCAAUUUUCAUAAAACAUGAAUGGAAUGAAUUAUAAUUGUU